UGUAGUUGUGUACAAAUGAAAAAUGUUUGCCAAGUGAAUCUGACCAAUGAUAUCCCACCAACAGUGCAGACACCCUCUCUGAAGCAUAUAAAAGAAAAGCAGCCUUUCAACUGUCCAACAACGCAGAUCACGCACUCAAAAGCCUUGGACAGAGACUCUGACAUCAACAUGCUCUUGUUCCUCUUCUUGUUUGGUCUGGCUCUGGGUGCUGAGCCUCCUUCAGACGACCAGCAAGUGAAUCUACAGCAGGCUAACUGUCCCAUGUUCUGGAACAGCUUCAACAGCAGCUGCUACAAGUACGUCGCCGCACGAAUGAGCUGGGCUGAUGCAGAGCUCCACUGUGUGUCAGAGGGAGCCAACCUGGUGUCUAUCCACAGUCUGGAAGAAAACAAUUUCGUCAAAUCCCUGAUCAAGAACUUUGAUCCUGUUGAGGGAUAUACCUGGAUUGGACUCAGUGACCUCCACAAAGAAGGCAGGUGGAUGUGGUCUGAUGGGUCUGUGGUCAACUUUCUCCUGUGGAAUGCAGGACAGCCAGACAAUAAAGGAGGAAAUGAACACUGCGGACACAAAAACUAUGGGGCAGCUUUAAAAUGGAAUGACGUGCCAUGCUCUAAUAUAUAUACUUUUGUUUGUGCAUAUAAGCCGAAUUGUACAUAGCAGCUGAUGUUCGUCACAUUCAGAUCAGUGGCAGUCUGCCUGUUGCUCUGUAAUAAUGUGCUAAGCCUCCUUAAAGAUACAGAUGUGUGAGUGUAUGUACCGUCUUCACUUGUGUAUAAACUCACAAAUAAAAGCAAAUUGUUUAUGAUAUGAUUAUAACAUUGUUAUUUAUUUUACACAAGUCUUGGACUCCCAUCAAAAGAUUUUGUUUGUGAUAUGAUCAAGUCACUUACUUAGUAAGUUAUGUUGAAUUAAAUUAAAUGUUGACUAUUUGUUUCACAUUGGACACAAACAUUGGUUUGAGUAAAUUAUAAAGUAAGCAUGUUUACAGCCUGGUAAAAAAAACAAAAAAACAAAAAAAAACAACAGUGUUUUUCAUCAACGCCCUGAUCAGGAACUUUAACCCUGCUGAUAAAUUGACCUGGAUUGGACUCAGCGACACCCAGAAAGAAGGAGGAUGGAUGUGGUCUGAUGGGUCUGCAGUCAAAAUUUUCUUUUGGAAUCCAGGAGAGCCAAACAAUGCUGGAGGA